AUGUUACCGUGUACCGAUUUUUUCAGGUCACAUCACGCCGUGAAUCUAGCACUCUCCCUCCGGCUAUUGCUCCACUUUUUCAAUAUGCCUCUGAUUGUUAUUUCACGCAAGGCUUGCAGUUUUCCAUGGAGAGUGAGUGAUUAUUCAUCCUUACAUGGAGCUGGUCUUUCCUGGCCGCUUGUCUUCGUAGCAUCUGGUGUUGCACUAAGAUUAGCUUCAUCUCCGCUACACAUUUUUGCGGAGAAGCUGUUUGCACGAAGGCUGCAUGCUCAAAACUUUUUCACUCAGGGCAUUAUGAAGAAGGUAAGCGAGCACUACAAGAUUGAAGUAGUUCCCAACCCUACUGGAACGAAACUGGAACUAAAAACGAAGGAUCAGAAAAUCAUUUCUCAUUGCGAAAAACUGCUUGCACAAACUGUUCCUCAGUACUUGGCUGAACACGGGCUUCAGGCUACCCGCAUACAAAACCUAAAGAUGUGUACUAUUCCUUUAUGGAUAUUCUCGUCAUUUGCUGUUAGAAAUAUCAUCAGCUCCGAUUUCCAUCCGAGCAUCGCGGGUGGACUCUGGGUUCCUGAUAUGCUUGUUCCUGAUCCCUACUACAUUUUACCCCUUGCAGUAGGAGUGUUUGGAUUUCUAAACCUCUAUUCCCAACGUAAAAUUUAUCCAGUUUCGAUGAGUUCAUGGAAAACGCGAUCGUAUGAUUUUUGCUUGGGCUUUUUCACGCUCUUCGCGGUUACCAUCAUGUCACAGUUGCCAGCGUGUAUACCUUUGUACUGGCUGACUGUGUCGAUUUCUGGAUUCGUACAAGCUCAACUUCUACGCCAUCCUAGUGUGAAGAAAAUAUUUGGUAUCAAUCGGUUACCAACGGAUUCGAAGACCCCAUUCAGAGAUCUCUUCUUAUCGAGACGCAUCUAA